CCCGGCGCUGCGCCGCGGCGCAUGUCGAAGCCGGGCCGCCGCGACGGGCACGAUGGCGCUGCCGGCGGAGCUGGCGCAGCUGGCGACGGAGCUGGCGCCCUUUGUCCAUCCGGCGUUGGUGCGCAGGGCCUGUGCAGACGACCGCCGUGGCCUGGGCGUCUUCGUCACGCAGCCGCUGCCGCGGGGCGAGCUGCUGCUGGCCGCCCGGCCGCUGGCCGCGGUGCGCGUUCGGGGACGGGACGAGGACGUGGUGGAGCGGCUGGCAGAGCUGAUCUUGGAGCGCUUGGAAGAUCCCAACUUUGCCGAGACCUUUUGGAGUCUCAGCACUGGCGACCCCACCGAGCGGCCGUCCCAGCGUCCCAAGCGGCCGCGCCUCGGCGAGCAGCACGAGCGGCGCGGGCAAGUGCUGCGGAUCAUCGCGGCGAACGCGCGGGGGUGGCCGAGCGAGGAUGAGAAGGGCUUGGGCUUGUGGCAAUGGCAUGCCUACAUGAACCAUGCUGCUCCCAUGGAGGCCACCUGUUCGAGUGUCUUCCUGGGUGACGUGCUCCUCCUGCGCACGCUAUGCGCUGUGGAGCCGGACGAGGAGCUGACGAAUUCCUACUGCGCAUUGUCGGCAAAGCUGCAGCUGCGGCGCCAGAUCCUGAGGCAUUGUGGCGUUCCCCUUGGGACCUCGCCCGAUGCCGCCGAGUCGGAGCCCGAGGAUGGCGAAGGUGACGAUGAAGCCUUGCUUCCAGCCCUGCGCGCCCUGCGCGCCCUGCGCGCCGCGCGCGCCGCCAGCGUGGACGCCACCGCGGCGGUGCACGGCGGCGCGGACGCCGCGGUCGCGCGGGCGACGGAGCUGUGGCGGAAGGUGGUGGACCUCGCUGCGGAGGAGGUCUUCGGCCUCCAGAGGCCCACCCACCCAAUCUUCUUCCCCAUGCGCGCGGAGCUGCUUCAGCUGCAGCUCCGGGCCGCGCGGGGCUUGGGCGACAUGGCCAAAGUGGCAGAAUUGCAUCAAGCCAUGGCGAAGAGUUUGGCCCAGGAUUGGGUUGUCCAAAUUGUAAAGUGGUCAGGAAGAGAGCAGCCGAUGAAUGUGGAGGUCCUGGCCCACUGGAUCGCCCAUCUCCGCGCUGUGCCCGCCGUCGACGGCCACGCGGCAGUCGGCGCGACCGGGCGGUUGACGCGCUUCUGGUUGGGCCGAAGGCCUGGGCUCAAGGUGGUGGCGGAGUGGAUGGAGUCGUGUGGCCUCGGGCCUCGGCGCUUGUGA